UUUAAAUUCUGUGGUUAUUUGUUUUGCAUGUUUCAGAAAAUUUGUGAAAUAUAUUUUAAUUAAAAUUAUAUUUUCUUUUAUCAUUUCUUACACUGGCUAAUAAAUUAUUUAAAAAUGGUUCAACUUAUACAUUUUGUGUAUCAGAUAUAAUUUAAUAGAACAAUUUGUUCUCGUAAAAUAAUAAUGUACGCGUAACUCGUGCGCUGUAAAAGUGUAAAUAAAAAUGUCUAACCAAGUGCCCGCAUUUGUAGCGGGCUUGAAGUCACGAAAUGUUGACACACAGACAAAAACGGCACGGGAAUUAUACCACUAUGCAAAAACCGAGCUACGAGAGGUACCACAAGAGGAACUUACUCAGUUCCUCGAUGACUUUAACCACCAAAUUUUCGAGAUGGUAUCCAGCAACGAUGUUCACGAGAAAAAAGGCGGUGUACUCGCCAUAGUAUGUCUAAUUGGAGGUGAUUGUGAUACCACAAAAACCAGAAUAACAAGGUUUGCUAACUACUUAAGAAACCUAUUACCAUCCUCUGAUGUUGGGGUUAUGGAGUUAGCUGCUAAAACUGUGGGACGCCUCGCAACUGUCUCUGGAGUUAAACGGGCUGAGUAUGUCGAAUUUGAAGUUAAGAGGGCUUUUGAAUGGUUAUCAGAAGAAAGAAACGAAGGUCGGAGGCAUUCUGCCGUUUUAUUGCUAAAAGAACUUGCUAUUGCCAUGCCAACAUACUUUUACCAACAAGUAUCUGGCUUCUUUGAUCAUAUUUUAAUAGCUCUCAAAGAUCCUAAGCAACAAAUCAGAGAGGCUGCAGCAAAAGCAUUGAGAGCUGGAUUAGUAGUCACAGCACAACGGGAAUCAGCUAAACAAUCAACGGCUAAACCACAAUGGUACAUGCAGUGUUAUGAGGAAGCUAUGCUCUCGUUUGAGGAGCUUCCUGUUAGAGAAAAAGGGAUUACUAAAGAGGAUAGGGUACAUGGUGGCUUGCUAAUACUAAAUGAGUUAUUAAGAUGUUCAAAUGCAGUGUGGGAAAAGAAGUAUACCCAACUAAUGAGAAGCUUAGACACACAAAAGGAUAUUGCAGUGUCUGAUGAUAUAAUUUUCAUUAGUUCAAAGCUCCACAGUCCCUCUGUAAAAAGAGGGUAUUUGUGUGAUGGUUUCAAAACUGAAAAUGUUCAGUACCCAGUUCCGAAUUAUGAAUCGGAAGUGUGUAGAAAGUUAUUAAUGGAGAAAAUUGAGAGAAUAUGUCAUGAUAUAAUGUCAUGCCAGAAGCUUCUCAAAACUCAAGGUGUACCACAGACUCUCCUAAAUAUAAUUCCUAGGCUAGCAGCAUUUAAUAAAGAGUUAUUCAUGAAGAGAUAUAUGCACUCAACAAUGCAUUAUUUACUUAAUUCAAUCAAGAGUAGGGAAAAAGAUAGAAAUAUGGCUUUCACAACAUUAGGUUUAAUGGCAGCAGCUUUAGAAGGUGACAUAAAAAAUUACAUUUCUAAAAUAAUGGAUGUAAUCAAACAAGCUUUACCUGUAAGAGAUACGCAAACUAAAAAGAGAAUGUGGAUUGAUCCAUCCAUUUUUGCUUGUAUCACUUUACUAAGUAGUGCAGUCAAGGACCUCGUGAUUAUUGAUAUCAAAGAGCUUCUAGAUGCAAUGUUUGCAACCGGUUUGAGUCCUUCUUUGACUAUAUGUUUGAAUGAAUUAUGUCAUAAUUUGCCAUCCCUCAAAGGUGAAAUUUCAGAGGGUCUCUUAAAUAUGCUUUCGCAAGUUUUACGUAAUAAACCUUUCUUGCAUCCUGGUCUACCGCGAAGCUUAGAGCAACAGAGUACUAUUGGGCUUGUGAUCGAACAACAGGAUACUGCUAGUAUAGUCCUGGCGUUGAGAACACUUGGGACAUUUCAAUUUGUGGGACACCACAGUUUGCUAACGUUUGUUCGACGCUGCGCCGAUCAUUUUUUGCAGAGCGACCAACAAGAAAUUAGAGUAGAAGCAGUAAAAACGGCGGCGAAAUUACUGGCUGAUGCAUCUAACAAAACACCUUCGAGAACUCUCACCAUGUUGACUGCCGAAGUUGUUGGCAAAAUGUUGAUUGUGUCAGUCACAGACCCAGAAUACGAAGUACGAUACUGGGUAUUAGAAUCUCUUACUAAAGUAUUUGAUACUCAUUUGGCACAAAUUGAGAACUUGAGUUUCCUUUUCAUUGCCAUGAAUGAUGAACAUUUAGAAAUUCGUGAGUUAGCUAUCUGCACUGUUGGCCGCUUGAGUUCUGUCAACCCAGCGUACGUAAUGCCUGGUCUCCGCAAAACUCUAAUACAGUUUCUGACGGAACUUGAACAUUCAGGAAUGAGUAGAAACAAAGAACAAGCAGCUAGGAUGUUGGAUAAUCUUAUUUUGCAUGCUCCAAAACUUGUGAAACCGUACAUGGAAACUAUCCUAAAUGUUCUUGUACCUAAAUUAAAAGAGCCUGAUUUGAAUCCUGGGGUUGUGAUCAGUGUUUUAAAAGCAGUCGGAGAUUUGGCUGAUGUACAUGGGGACAAUACUGGAUUAAAGAAGUGUUUGCCAGAUCUUUUAUCUACAUUACUAGAGCUAUUAUCUGACGCUUCUGCAACAGAAAAAAGGAGUGUCGCUCUAUGGGCAUUCGGUCAACUUAUUAGUGCGACAGGUUAUGUUGUUGCCCCUUACACAGAAUACCCAAAUUUAAUGGAUGUUUUGCUUAAUUUCUUGAAAACGGAACAGCAACCUAAAGAUAGACGUGAAACGAUUCGUGUUCUUGGACUGUUAGGUGCCUUAGAUCCAUACAAACAUAAGGUGACCAGAGGAUUGAUUGACGGUCAGCCCGAUUCUAGCUUGGUACCAGUUGCUGACAGCAAAGCUGAAGAUAACAACUUCGAUAUGACGACGAGUGAAAUGUUAGUGAACAUGUCAUCCCCCGUACUGGACGAAUACUAUCCAGCGAUUGUGAUAUCGACGCUCAUGCGCAUUCUCCGAGAUCCUACGCUUCAACAACACCACAAGAAUGUAGUAGAAGCUGUUACAGCUAUAUUCCAGUCUCUCGGCAUAAAAUGUGUUCCGUACAUCUCCCGCGUAACCCCGAGCCUACUCUAUGUAGCCAGAGCCACUGACAAUAAUAACAACUUUAGAGAGUUUCUGUUCACACAAUUAGCUAAACUAAUUGCGAUCGUAAAGCAUCACAUUAGGAAUUAUUUGGAAAACAUUUUUGAACUGAUCAAAGAGUUUUGGACACCUAACAGUCCUUUGCAGUCAACACUAAUAUUACUGGUCGAACACAUUGCGUGGGCUCUUGGGUCGGAAUUUAAAGUUUAUUUGCCGCAAUUAAUGCCACAAAUAUUGCGCGUCUUGGCUCACGAUACGAGCAAAGACAGAUAUGUCACUGAGAAACUACUUUACGCGCUACAAAAGUUCGAAGACAAUCUAGAUGAUUACAUUCAUUUAGUGAUACCGUCGAUCGUAAAACUUUUCGAUGCAUCAGAUUGUCCUAUUCCUGUAGCCAAAGUAGCGAUGGAAACGGUCGACUGUCUCUCGGACUCCUUGAACUACAGUGAACUUGUGUCUAGAAUAAUUCAUCCCCUCGUCAGAAGUUUGGACACUUGUCCCCCUCUACGCAUCACGGCGAUGGACACUCUGUGCGCAUUGAUCAUUCAGCUAGGUCGGAAGUACAAUGAUUUUAUACCGUUGGUCCAAAAAGUUGUAGUGAAACACAGAAUUCAGCACCAUAAUUAUGAGCUGAUGCUAUCAAAACUACAAUCGACUACGACUUUAGCUGUAGACGAUUUCUUACAAAGCACAAGACGGAGGCCUAGAAAUAACAAUCAAGAGACGCGUAUAGUUGCUUGCGAUACCUCCCACUCAAGUCGCAAGCUCUACGUCAACGCGCAUAGCCUGAAAGUGGCGUGGACGGUCAGCAGUCGAGUAUCGAAAGACGAUUGGCUGGAGUGGUUGCGACCCUUCAGUAUUGGAUUGAUUACUGAGUCUCCCAGCCCUGCUUUGAGGGCAUGUCGGACUCUCGCACACAACUAUUCCCAAUUGUUGCGAGACCUCUUCAACGCAGCAUUCGUCUCGUGUUGGACGGAGCUGGAUAACACCUCGCGUACAGAGCUUUCCAGUGCCCUUGAACAGGCUUUGACGGCGCCCGAUGCGCCAGAACUUGCGCAUACUGUACUCAACCUCGCCGAAUUCAUGGAGCACUGUGAAGGUGGCGCCUUGCCGAUAUCUGCACAGCUUCUGGGUGAAAGGGCUAUGCACUGCAGAGCUUAUGCGAAAGCCCUGCAUUAUAAGGAGGAGGAAUUCCGAAACGGAGCGACUUCUCAAGUCGUGGAGGCGUUAAUUCACAUCAACAAUAAGUUACAGCAAAAAGAGGCCGCUGAAGGAUUACUCGAGCGUGUGAUGGCUCAGCGUGAAGCUGGCGAUACGAACUUGAAAGUUCAAAUUCGAUGGUACGAGAAACUGCACAACUGGGAGAAGGCUUUAAAUCUGUACGGUGCAAAACUAGUGGGUGACGAUGAUAACACGGAAGCCUAUCUCGGUGAGAUGCGCUGUUACGAAGCCCUGGGAGAGUGGACGGAAUUGUACAAUACGGUGUCUAAACGUUGGACGAGAAUGUGUGAUGAUGAGAAAUUCAAAGCGGCAAGGUUAGCCGCUGCUGCAGCUUGGGGCCUGAACGAGUGGGAUUCUAUGGUCAAUUACGUCAACUUUUUACCAGAGAAUACGCAAGAUGGUGCUUUUUACAGAGCCGUCUUAAACAUCCAUAAUACUGACUACGGUUUAUCGAAAUUCUAUAUUGAUCAAGCGCGAACGCUAUUAGAUUCUGAACUGACUGCGAUGGCCGGGGAGAGUUAUCAAAGAGCGUAUGGAGCUUUAGUGAACGCUCAAUUGCUCGCUGAAUUAGAAGAAGUGAUCGCUUACAAGUUAGUGCCGGAAAGGAGGGAGUCCAUAAAACAAGCCUGGUGGACUAGGCUUCAAGGCGGACAGAGGCUAGUAGAAGAUUGGCGCAAAAUUCUUCAAGUACGAGGCUUAGUUCUGACCCCUCAGGAGGACAUGGCGACUUGGCUGAAGUUCGCUUCGCUCUGCAGAAAGAGCGGAGCUCCCCGUCAGGCACAUAAAACUCUCGUUAUGCUGCUUGGGAUGAAUCCGAACGAGAAUCGUGACAAGCCCCUUCCGACCCAAAGGCCGCGGCUCACCCUCGCGUACGCCAAACAUUUGUGGGUCGCUGACGACAAGCAACUAGCGUACGACCAACUUCAACGCUACGUCGACACAGUAGAAACGGGAGAUGCGGAACAUUGCAGACUGGUCGCCCGAUGCCAUUUAAAACUGGGCUCCUGGUGCGAGUCUCUGUUAGGCAUUAACAAACUUUCUAUACCCGAAAUUUUGCGAAAUUACUCGGCCGCCACAAACCUAGCGCCCGAUUGGUACAAAGCGUGGCACGCGUGGGCCUAUAUGAAUUUUGAAACCGUUCUCUUUUAUAAACACCAGGAAGUGGACACGUCGAAUCCGGAGGAGACGAAGACUGUCGCAGAAUAUAUCCAGGCGCACACGGUGCCCGCUGUCGAGGGAUUCUUUAAAUCUAUAAACUUGUCGCAAGGCAGCUCUCUGCAAGACACGUUGAGGUUGUUGACUUUGUGGUUCGAUUAUGGACAUCACCCGGCCGUUCACGAAGCUCUAGUCGAAGGAAUAAGGACCAUAGAAAUCAAUGUGUGGCUCCAAGUAAUACCGCAACUCAUCGCGAGGAUUGACACUCCGAGAGCUUUGGUCGGGAAGUUGAUUCACUCGCUGCUAAUCGAUAUUGGCAAAUCGCAUCCUCAAGCUUUAGUUUAUCCCUUGACAGUGGCUUCGAAAUCUUCGUUCGUAGAUCGUAAGAAUGCAGCUAACCAAAUUUUGAAAUCGAUGUGUACACAUUCGAGUAAUUUAGUGAACCAAGCGGCUAUGAUAUCGGAGGAGCUGAUCCGAGUUGCUAUACUGUGGCACGAGCAGUGGCACGAAGCAUUGGAAGAAGCGUCGCGGUUGUAUUUCAGUGAGCACGACGUGAAGGCUAUGUUUAAAACUUUGGAGCCACUGCACGCAUUGUUGGAGCGCGGUCCAAAAACGUCCAAAGAAGCGUCUUUCAGCCAAGCAUAUGGACGGGAUUUAAAUGAGGCGCUGGAAUGGUGUAACAGGUUUAAGGAGUCAGGUUCAGUCCGUGAUCUGAACCAAGCCUGGGACUUGUAUUACCACGUGUUCAGACGGAUAAGCCGUCAACUGACGCAGUUGGCGUCUCUGGAACUGCAAUUCGUUAGUCCUCGGUUGCUCAACUGCCGGGAUUUGGAACUGGCCGUGCCUGGUUCAUAUGUCCCGGACCAGGACCUCAUUCGGAUCGCGCAUAUACAGAGCAGCUUGCAGGUGAUAGCGUCGAAACAACGACCGCGCCGCCUCUGUAUCCGCGGCUCCAACGGCAAAGACUACAUGUUCCUACUCAAAGGCCACGAGGACUUGCGCCAGGACGAGCGAGUGAUGCAACUGUUCGGCCUAGUCAACACUCUACUGCAAGCCGAUCCCGACACUUUCAGACGAGACCUGGCCAUACAAAGAUACGCGGUUAUACCUCUGUCGACGAACUCUGGCUUGAUUGGCUGGGUGCCUCACUGCGAUACGUUACACUCGUUGAUAAAGGACUACAGAGAGAAGAGGAAGAUUCUGCUGAACAUCGAACAUCGGAUCAUGCAGCGGAUGGCGUCCGAUUUGGAGAAGCUGAUGUUGAUGCAAAAGGUGGAAGUUUUUGAACACGCUCUUGAGCAUACAGCUGGCGACGACCUCGCCAAGUUGCUCUGGCUAAAGAGCCCUUCGUCUGAAGUGUGGUUCGAGCGUCGCACCAACUACACCCGCUCUCUCGCAGUCAUGAGCAUGGUGGGCUACAUUCUGGGACUCGGGGACAGACAUCCGUCCAACAUCAUGCUGGACAGAGUCACGGGGAAGUUCUUGCAUAUUGACUUCGGUGAUUGCUUCGAAGUAGCCGUCACCAGGGACAAGUUUCCAGAGAAGAUUCCGUUCAGAUUGACGCGUAUGUUGAUCAAUGCUAUGGAGGUAACUGGUAUCGAAGGAAUCUACCGACGUACUUGUGAAUCAGUAAUGGAAGUACUCCAUAGACAUAAAGACAGUGUAAUGGCUGUACUCGAGGCGUUCGUAUACGACCCACUGUUGAACUGGAGGCUUAUAGAUGCGGCUCGACGCUCUAGAAAUGACGCGGACGCCUCAUCAGAUAACGCAUCCCCUUUACCUAGCAGGAGCCGAGCUUUGCCUCUAAAUGACGUGGACCAACCGGCUGAGACGAAUCUAAACAAACGGGCUUUAACCAUAGUGAAUAGGGUUAGGGAUAAGCUAACUGGUCGUGACUUUACUCAUAUAGAUGAUGCGAGUGUCUCGGUACAGAAGCAAGUCGAUUUGUUGAUACAACAAGCUACCAGCAACGAAAAUCUUUGCCAGUGUUACGUGGGAUGGUGUCCUUUUUGGUAGACUUUGGGUUUCAAAAAUGUUUGAUGACAAAAGUUAUAUAAACACAUUUAGUGGUUCCUAUUUUGUUAAUAUGUAUAUCUAACUUAUUUUAAUCUGGCAUUGCAUCAUUCUGCUUGUAUUCUGUCUAUGAAGAAACGAAAGACGAAACACUAAAAAUGACAGCGCCUUACACAAAUGAUCGCCAUUACCAAAUGAUAAUCAGCGCCAUUAAGACAUUAGCGCCGCCUCUACGGGACUUGUUUCGUGGCGCGGGGUCUACGUUACGUAUAUCCAGUGCCGGAUUAAGGUCAUUUGAUGCUCUAAGCAAUAUUCCCCUGGGCCCUCUUUGGCUUUAUUCUUCAAUAUUGUAGUUACAAAAGGUUGGCUCAAUAUGAUUUAACGUGUUUUUGAACUUUUUCGAAGGGUUUUUAUUUUUUUUCCUCUAGUGCCCCUCCAGACGAGAUGCCUUGAGCAAUUGCUUAAAUAGCUGUUAUGCUAAUUUAGGACUGGCUAAAUCAGUAUAUUGCAAUUCUGUAACGAUUUUUUUUUAAUUUGUCAGUGAUAGCUUCGAAUUUGUCUCUAUCUAAUAGUAUCAUCUUAGACAGAGACAGAUAGAGACGAAAUCGUAUCACUGUCGAGUUAUAAAAACAUCUACACAGAAUAGCGAUUCGAGAAUAGCGGUCUUUCGCCAUUGACCUCUUAUAAUUAAAGGACAUACAAUCAUGUAGAAAAUUUCAUUUAAAAUCUGUCCAAUUUUGCUUUGGCAGUUUUAGAAUAAUAGGAUUGAGUUUAAGGUUAAAUUAGCAAAUGCGACUACUUGAAUUGAGUGCCAAGAAGUUGAGUUUGGCACUCAUUCAGUGGGGACGUUUUUUGGUCGCUGAUUGUGCAUCUACUUUUUAAUAGGAGAUCGAUGUAUUUAACUUCAUAUACACUACACACAAUGUGUGCAAAAUGGGUCAGGAAUAAAUAAUUUAGAAGCUGGGAUUUUUAGUGAUUAGGGGUAAAUAGUUAAAUAUUUUUUUUUAACAAAUUUGCACCGUAGCGUGACAUUCAAAACGGCGAAAUGUAAAAAAUAUUCAAUAAGAUUUUUCAUAUAGAUUAAGUAGUAAACAUUUAAACACAGUGUACUUUAAAAUAUAUGGUUUUUAAAAAUACUCUCCGGAAUUAAGUAAAGUAAUACUUCCCUUAAUGAGAAAGAUCUUAUACAAAAAGUCUUCUGUAAAGCUUUAGCUAAAGCAAAAUUACACCUAAGCUAUGCUAUGAUAAGCUAGCGAUAUGUGAUUUUGUUUAAAAAGACUUCUAAAGAAGAUGGUCCAAAAUUGUAUGGAGCCCAGGAUUAGUUAUCCUGGCGGAAAUAAAAGAAAAUAUUUUUUUAACUAAUUUCGAUUAUACAAAUCUAAAAAUUUACUUUAAUUCUUGCGAAAUAAUUUCUCUCCCAAGUAAUGAAACACUAAUACAGGUACCAAUAGCGGAUUGAUGACGUUUUCAAUGCAGUAGUCGAUUUGACGUUUGCUUUCAAUUGUCAUGUCAUAGUUGCUUUAAGGGAGCCAUCUUAUUGUAAGGAAAAAACUUGGGUUUUAAUUUAGUUAGAUUUAUUCAAAUAUUAAAUGAUGCGGGGACCUGAAAUGGACAAUCUCCUUAACUUACUGAGUAUUCCUAAACCUAGAAUGUGGAAUUUUUCAGUACUUAAGUAAAGUUUUAGAGGUGACAAAAACCUUAUCCCUUUCUCCUUUAAGGUACGCAUUGGUUUAAUUUUGAAGAUACGAGUGUCGAGUAUUUAUUGGUUCCUUAUAUUAUUAUAUAUAUUAAAACAUUUAAAAAUGAAUACUUACAUUUUGUUAUCCCAGGCUGUGUAUUAUAAAACCAUGAACAAUUUCUCGGUUAAUCAUUGUUAGGUUUAAUUCACUUGCAAUAUUUUUAUGUAUUAUAGUAGGUAUGCUUAGGUAACUGGUACCUAGAUAUUUUUUUUUACAAAUAAAUUGAUUAUUUUUAUGUUUUAAGUUAAUUACAGAUUUAUUCAUUGAUUUAUAAAUUCAAUUCUUAGUUGUACAGCUCCAAAUAACAUUUCAUAAUAAUAUGCUAGAAUUAUGCUAUCAUAAUUAUUAAACUAUAUUAUAACUAUACAGUGCUUGCAUUUAAAAAUAUGAAAUAAAUGAGAAAAUUAAACCAAAAAUUUACCUUUUAUUUUUCAACCCUGCACUUUCGAUUUGUCAUCAUAACAACUUGUAUUCGGCUCACUGUUGAUCACCAGUCUCCACUCAGAAUGAGAGAAGUAAGGCUAAUAGUCCACCAUGCUUGCCCAAUGCGGCUUGGCAGACAGACAUCAUAUCAGCCGAUGGGCGUCCACUGCAGGACAUAGGCCUUUUGUAGUGACAGACACGUAGAUAGUAAUUAAUUAAGAUUUCUCAGGUAGGUACGCAGAUUUCCUCACUAUGUUUUUCCUUCACCGUUUAAGACACGUCGUAUUUAAUCUCUUAAUGCACAUAACCAUUAGGCUAUCACGGCUCUCUUUUCGACCUGUAUGAUAAUGGAAAUACUAUUUUAAUAUUGAGAGGCCAUGGAUGGAUAGCCAUCCAUAUACUAACUGCAUGUUAUAAGCUUUGAAUAUUAAGUAAGCGCUCGCGAGUUUUGGAUUCCUUUAGGGUAGGUACGAGUACAUAGAACUCGUAUUUUACAAUCUCUAAGAAAUGCACAGUACUCGACGACAAAAAUAAACAUUAUCAUAUAUACUCGAAAUUUACUUGGAUGACUUUUUUACACAACAAUAAUGGCCGACUAUGAAUCAAAGACAAUCAGUAGGGUUGAGAAGUUAACGGCUGGCAUCGGAACGAUAUCAAGUAGGUAUCGUUAUAACUGAAAUACCUAAACUAAAACAUCCGUUACUAUACUACGUUAUCUUAAAAGGGAACGUAUAGUAACGUUUGUCGGUUGUGUGCAUUUUAAGAAAUUAAAUAUCACAUGUCACAAACGGUGAACGGUGCACGGUUUAUGCCUAUGGGUACGCGUGGUUAAGAAAUGGGGUAAUCUUUUUAUAUUGUUAUUAUAAAUAUACUUAAACAAUACACAUCACUAUCUAGCCCCAAAGUAAGCAUACAGAGUAGCUUGUGUUAUGGGUGCUAAGAUAGUUGAUAUUAUAGUAUUAAUAUACAAUUAUAUACUACAUAUAAAUACUUAUAUACACUCAUGCUCAUCACACAAAUAUUUUCCAGUUGUGGGAAUCGAACCCACAGCCGUGGAUGCAAAAAGCAGGGUCACUACCCACUGCGCCACGCGGCCGUCUCUUUCUUUAAUCUUUUGGGGACGUACUAACGUCCAAGAUU